AUACAUUUUGUUAACUUGCAGGGAAAAAGCACACCCCUUUUUGCUUGAAACAAAAGGCGAAACUAAAACUGAAAAUAAUUUAAAAUAAUAACGAUUUUUACACGAUUUUGUUUCCGAGGGUUCCGGUAAAGCCUUACUCACGAGAUCACCCUUUUGGUUUAUCUUUGUCUCUUUUUCUAGGAGUUCGGCGACGAAGCUUAAACCCUUUCUAUGAGAACUUCGCCAUUCUGGACCUCGUCGACAAGAAGCCGAAAAGGGAAAUCUUCUCCGCGCCGGGACUCUAAAGUUUCAGCUUUGAAAGUGUGGUGCCGUGGCUGCGACCGGGCCGCGGUGGAGGACUGCUUGGACCUCGGCCACGUGCUCUGCUCGCUGCGCAAGGUGCGCUCGGAGCAGGUGCAGCCGCGGCUACAGCAGCUGGGGCACGCGGACUCGGACACGGACAAGAUGGUGGAGUCGCUGGAGCACGCCAAGGACGCCGUGGAGGGCCUGCUGCAGUUCUGGCGGGACAUGCAGCGGCAGGUGAAGCAGGCCCGCAGGGAGCUGCUCGCGGCGGUGGACGAGGGCGGCGACCUGGAGGCCGGCCAGCCGGAGGGCCUGCAGCAGCUGCAGGACGCGGCCAGCCUGCUGGAGGGCAUGGAGUGCGGGCUGCGGCACCAGGGCGGCACCGAGUGGAGGGGCGACCUGGGCGCCAGCCGCAGCCUGCUCAACGCGCUCGUGCUGCACCUGCACCGCCACGGCCGCAUCCACAAGGACGCAUUCCAGCCGCAGCCCGCAGUGGCCGCUCCGCCCCCAGCCGCGGAUCGCAUUCAGGAGCUCAAAUUGGGCAGUCUCAGUUGGACUGCAGCGGGCAGCGAGCAGCAAGAGAAGGCGGCCACGCUGGCCCGCGUGCGGCAGCACGGGGUGCGGCGGAUGACCAGCGUGGGGUGCCACCGUGACCCUGCCUGGGCCCUGGACGUGCUGCGGAGUGCCGCCCCGACGCUGGAGGAGCUGAGCGUGUGGUAUCCCCGCCAGGAGCACCUUCUGGCGGCGCACGCCAUGCCUGCACUGCGGCGGAUGGACGUGUAUUGCGGCGACGGUGCCCUGGACGCACAGCCCCCCUCGCUGCCCGCCCUGCCACGGAGCGCCCUCAAGUGGCUGCGUGUUGCCGGACUCCCCCGGCCCGCCCUGGCCUCCCUGCUGCGCGCCCACAGUGCCUCGCUGGAGGAGCUGUGGCUGCACGUCGGCACUCCGGGGGGCGGGCAGUGGCCCAGAGGAUGCGACGACCUGGACGCCCUGCUGGGCCAGUGCGGCCUCCGCGUGUCCAGGGUCGUGCUGUGGAGGGGGUACGUCACCCACUCCCCCUCAGCCUGCACUGCACAGGUGUCCGCGGUGCGGCGCGUGCUGCCGGCCGCCACGGUGCAGUGCUAUGAGUGUGAAGAGGUUGCAUGGGAAGCCUUCUAGCCACGAGCGUGACGGCGGCGACUUCGGAAGAGCACGGGCACCGUCCAGACUCUACAGUGGGGCGAGCUGUCCUCCCGGGGCGGCAGUGCAGUGGCUCGGUGGACAGCACUCUCCGCGACCGACGUGUCUCGUCGCACCUUCGGCGUGCCAAGACCACUGCCGCGACAAAGCUGCACUUCAUGGACCUGGCACGAAGCACACCCUGGGAAUCCAAACGCGAUGAGUUUAGCGUCAAUACGAACAUUGCUUUUCACACUGUCAGAAAAUUCCGAAAAAAAAAAUGGAAAAAUCAUGGAGUUUUUCCGAAACUUCUGCACUGUUAAAAAUCCACUGUAAUAUUACAACACAAUCACCUACAGUAAUGCUGUUAAAUAACAACCAUAUUGUUUUGUAUCUGAACGGGAAACCCAUCCAGAAACAGCACUUCCGUAUCAUAACUUCCUUGUCAAGUAACAAUAAUGUAAUCGUGAUUAAAAACAGUUGUGUUGUCGUUAAACAGGUUUCAUGUUUAGAAACAGCCUUUUGCAAUCUUAAAACAUAUAUUGUUGUCAGGGUACAAGGGUCUUGUUUAAUAACAGCACGAUGAAAUCAACACAAAUGUUGGGAAUACAUCGUCGAAGACUCCAAA